CAUGAAGCAGAAGUAGAUUAUGUUUUAGUAGCAAAUGGAAAAAUGUUAAGUUGAUAUAGGACUUGACAUGAUAUAUUUCGAACGAAUACCCUACUCAAAAACUAUAUCGAUCGUUCUCCUAUUCAUACCCGCAAUGCAUCCAUAUAAAAACCUCUAGGUAACUACAAACUCAAGACAAAUCAAAACGGAUAUCGAAUCCAACCAAACAUUAGAGGCAAUAUGCCCAUCCGGCCAUCCCAAAUCGAACCAAUGCGCUUUCACAUCCACACUAACAUGUGUUUUUGGCAUUACAUUCUUUUUUCCACGACACAAUUCGUCUACUACAUUUGUAUUGACCAUUCUAUAUUUUCCUCUCUCCUCCGUUGGUUGUCCGUCCGUCUCUCUCCACGGCUUCCUUAUCUUCUCCACAAGUAAGAUUUUGUCAUAUUCUUCUACCUUUACACAAAAACCGGAAAAAUACUAAUAAUCAUAAAUAAAUAAAGGCAUAAAAAAAACAUAGAACCCCACUUCAUGAAAGUUUCAAGACCGAACCUAAUAAUAAUAUUAUUAUACCAUCAUAUCCUUUGAUCAACACAAAAAUCCCUUUUCCCUUUUUUGGUUUUUCUACUUUUUUUCUUCCUCAUCAAUCAUCAUGGAAACUAAUCUACAACAGGUGAAGAACAGUUCUCAAACUUUUUCUGAAAAGCAAAACCCUAAACAAGAAGCUUCACCUUCACCAAUAUCAUCCACUUGUUCUUCUCCUUCUCAUGACUUCUCUUUCACUAUCUCUCUCCAGCCUCUCUCUUCUUCCUCAAAACACAUCAGUCCUACUCUUAGAAGCCCAUCCAAAACGACAUCGUCUUAUCAACAAACCGAUCCUUUCGCCGUCGACUUAUCCCCCGCCGAUGAAAUCUUCUUCCACGGCCACCUUCUUCCUCUCCAUCUCCUCUCUCACCUCCCUGUCUCUCCCCGAACUUCCACAGGCUCGUAUAAUGACGGAUUUACCCUCCCCGUCAAAGAUAUAUUACCCGACCAGCCCACAAACAACAACAACAACACUGAAAACGCUAUCACCAACAUAAGUACCGAGGCAAAGGACGACAACACCGAAGACAAAGCAGAGGGCGAGAUUCGGGUAAAAACCAAACCCAUUAAGUCAUUUUCUCUCUUUGGUUUAUCAAAAUGGAGAAAGGGUUUUGAAAGCAACGAGCGAGAACAAGAACAACAACAACAGAAGAUCAAGAAACCUAUGAGCUUAGACCUAAGUCACGCCGUCAAGAAGUACAUAAGGAUGUUGUUUCAGAAAAGAGGAAACGGCACGCAGUUUUGGAACAGAAGACAGACUUCUUCUUACUCUUUCUCUUCCUCUCUUAUGGGUCCAAACGGAAACAGCAAAACAAUGAUUAAUGGAUCUUACAACAAGAGAGAUCUCAUAAGAGGAAGGAGAGGUGAAUUGUUCUCGGCUCCGGCGUCGAUGAGAACAUCUCCGACUAAUAGUGGCCAUCUUCGUGUGUCUACGGCCGGACUAUCGUCAAGCUCGGGGUCCACGUCAUCAUCGUCAAGUGAUAGUACCAUGGAAGAGUUACAAGCUGCGAUUCAAGCAGCUAUUGCUCAUUGCAAGAACUCAAGCGCCGUUGAUCGUGAUGAUAAGGUUAAGGAUUCUUGAUUUGGUUUUUUCUUUUGUCCUUAAUCUGUUGUUCUUUCUUGUCGGAAAGAUAAAAAGAAAAAACAAAAGUGUUAGUGUGUGACGUGGAUUUUAAGAAUUACAGUAGAGGUAAUUAUUUAUUUCGUGUAUAGAAAAAAGGAGUUAUUGUUCCUAUACUAUGUGUCCCCAUAAUUCAUUUAUAAUAAUGAAAAAGAGAUUUAUUUUAAAGAAAA